UCUUGUUAAAUUAGUAGGAGAGUCCAUCUACAAGUUUUCUGUUGCCAUCUACUCUGGAAUUCAACAACAAGGGUGUUGUUUAGGCUAACCAACUGAAAUUCUCUUCCCUUGCUCUGUCAUUUGUUUUCCCUUUAAGCCAAACAGGGCAAGAGAAGAUAAUAACUGUAAAAAGGCAAUCAUUAUUACAAUAUGAGCUAUAGUAGUAUUAUACAUUAAAGAUGAAGGCUUUUAUUUACAAUGUUCAUAGUGAUGUUUUAAAUACUGCUUUCUUUUGUGCCCAGUGGAAGUGAAAGAAAUGGCAGAGAAAGUAGCUACUGGGCAGCUCACAGUACCUCCUUGGCAUCCUCAAAGUAGUUUGACUUUGAACAGUGAAGCUGAAAAUCAGCCUGCUCCUUUGAUGCAGCCCCCUGUUAAGGGCCCUCAAAACAUGGACUGGAAGCAAGUUGUAGUGUAUCACAGGGAAAAUGAUGAGACAGGAGGAAAUGUCAAAUUUGGAAAAAUGGACAGUAGUGGCUGUGACAGUGACAAGCACGGCAAACAGCCUGAGCCUCAAAGAUUCACCAGUAUCAGGCACCUGUCCCCCAGAAAAAAUGAGCAGCCAGAGCAUAGUGAAUCCUUUCAAGCAAGUUCUGAUGCAUCUGUGGCAGUUGAGAAAUCCUACAGUGACCAAUCUGUGCAAUCAACUUGUUCACCAGAAUCUUCUGAGGACAUAACAGAUGAAUUUUUAACUCCAGAAUAUGAGUAUUUUUACUCCUCUACUGUUCAAGAAAACUUAGCUCUAGAGACCUCAAGUCCCAUAGAAAAGGACUUUGAAGAAAUACAAGGUGCCUUUGCCCAACCUCCAGUCUGUGGUAAGGAAAUAUUCCAAAUGAGAAAAAUCCUUGGAAGGAAUGCUGAGAUUUUGACCAGGCCUCAGUUCCAAACUAUACAAAGUACUGAAGGUAAACAAGAAGAGACAUUAAAGGAAUCACCAAAGGAACUGAAAGAGAAAGACAUAUCAUUGACAGAUAUUCAAGACCUGUCUAGUAUCUCCUAUGAACAAGAUAGCUCUUUUAAGAAAGCCUCAUGCAAGACACCCAAAAUAAACCAUGCACCUACUAGUGUCAGCACUCCACUUAGCCCAGGGUCAAUUUCUUCAUCUGACAGUCAGUAUAAAGACUGCCUAGAAAGUAUCACACUUCAGGAUCAAACAAGGUCUACCUCUUGCUGGAAUAGCCAAGAAUCUAUUCGAUUUUUUUCUGAUAAAUUUAUAACCAUUCGAGAAAAAGCAAAGAGCCUGGAUUCUCUCCUUACUUCCUCUGACUCUCCUGCUCCAAAACUGAUCAAUCUGAAAAGAUUGUCUGCAUGUGCUGUAGUUGGUUCCUCUAAUAUGGCUACCACAUCUGACACAUCAACCCAAGCCACCCAGAGAAGGAGCCUGCCUAAAGAACUAAUGGAAGCCAUUUCACAGCAUCACAUUGAUGAGCUACCACCACCAUCUCAGGAGCUACUUGACGAAAUUGAGCACCUGAAGCAGCAGCAGAAUUCAUCCACAGUGUUGCAUGAGAACACAGUACAUGAUCUGGGCAUCACUGCAAAUGAUCAAAAGCAUUUAGAAGAACAAGAAACUGCCCAUAAUAAAAAUGAUAACAUUUUGCUUUGGACAAGAGAAACUGAGGAUCUAGAAGAGGACACAGAGAGAGCUCAUUCUACUCUUGAUGAAGAUCUGGAAAGAUGGUUUCAGCCAUCUGAGGAGAGCAUGGAGCAGCAGGACCCCCGCAAAGGCUCUACAAGGGAGAAAGCAACCAAUGAUCAAGAAGUUGGUGAAAAGCAUAGAAAAAGGGAAAAAAGCAUCAAGCCAGAGAGAAGGAAAUCAGACAGCUUUUUAGGGGCUUCAGAAGAAGAUGAACUAAAACCGUGUUUUUGGAAGCGACUGGGUUGGUCUGAACCAUCCAGGAUAAUUGUGCUGGAUCAGAGUGACUUGUCAGAUUGACUGGAAAUGGAUCACAGAUGGAUUCUGACCCAAGUUUGAGCAUCUUGGUUGUGAGCUCUUCUUUCUUCUGCUGCAGUUGCCAUUGGGGCAGUGGUUCCAGUUCCCUAACUCACAAUUUGUUCAGCUACUACAGUAGACAUAAUGGUUUGGCCCCAUCUGUGGGCAGCAUAUGUAACCAUUUGUUUUUCAAUCAAAUUUCUGAAAAGUGUAAGGUAGUUGCAAUUUUAAAAUUGUGCUCAGAAUGGUUUUUGGUUUUGUUGGUGUUAAUUUUUUUGAAUAUUUUAACUCCUGUUAUAUAAUAAAAUGUUUAUUUUCAAUACCA